AUGGAAGAGAAUGGGAGUAACAUUACAACUGACCAACUUAAAGAUUAUGUAUGGAAGACACUGAAGACUGGAAAGGUUGUAGUGAUUAGAGAGAAGCUUGCAGGACUUUAUGAAUCUGAACAACAAUGGUUGAGAGCAACACAAAUGCUUAGUGGCAUUGAGUUGGACUCAGGAAUCAGGUUGAAACAAGCUUCUGUCUCUCUUUGUGAGAAGAUACAAUCCUCCUAG